UCUCUUUCUCCUUCCCCCAGACCGUUUUGGGGCAUUUUCCACCUGGACCAAGGCCCUUUUUGGUUUCCUUUGAUUGCCUGGGGGUAGUUGGGGGGUUUUUUUUGUUAAUUUUUUUUUUUUUUUUGCUUUGCGCCCUUUUGGAUUUCUUCUGGGUGGUCUACCGGUUCGGUGGCCGGGAGACCCCGUGGGAGAGGCAGCCCAGCCCCGGGGCGACCCCCACCCCAAACUUUUGUAGCUGGCCGGCGCCCCAGUAUGUGACAAGGAAGGCUUCGAGAGACCACCCCCCUGGCCGUCCCCACGCUGGGCCCCGGCCGGGAGGACAGGAUUGGAGAAGAGAAGAGAGGAGAGGAGAGGAGCGGGGGAGCCGCCCGCGGAGCCGGGAUGCGGAUCCGGGACUGGCUGCUGCCACCGCGCCGAUGCUGGCCCUCGUUGCUGCUGCCCUGGGCAAUGCACCCGCUCUGGGGCUUCAUCCAGGUCACUCAUGGGGAACUCCAGAGAUCAUGUUCCAAGGCAGUAGUGGAAAAAGUUACCGAUAGCUGUCAGCAAAUCUGCCAGUGUAGACCACCUCCUCCAUUACCUCCGCCUCCCCCUCCACCUCCACCUCCCAGGCUGCUCGCGUUGCCACCUCCCCAAACUACCUUUUGCCCUACUGAAGAAACUUGGUGGCCGGGCCUAGUUGUAAUCAUUGCAGUAUGCUGCGUCACACUAGUAUUCCUCAUUGUCAUUGUCAUCAUUUGCUACAAAGCAAUAAAAAGGAAACCACUGAGGAAAGAAGAGAAUGGGACCAGCGGAGCUGAAUAUGCAAUGACUUCUUCCCAGAACAGCAAAACCGUGGAUGUGACGAACGCAGUGGUCUAGUCCCCAUCACCCCCAGCCCCCGGCCACGUUAGACCUCCAAAAGGCACAAGGGAAGAAAGGAAAUGACAGCAUCCAUGCAGCCAUGGAUUCCCACUUCGUAACCGGCAUCCACAGUGCUGCGGGCAGGAGACAAAAGACCGACUGCUUUCCAGCCUCCCCGGCUGCCAGGCAGAGGAUAAGCCCGUCACCCAGGGACAAUGUGGGGCAAAGAAAUGCCAGAAAGCCGUAAUUAAUCACUGCACGUGACAUCUGGGGAAAGAAAUGAUGUCACGCCACUUCCAGUUCCUUCUCUGUUGUUUUUUGGGUUCAAGCGGAAGGGUUCGCUGGACGGCCGAGUCUGCCCACGUAGCAUCCUCCGACUGAGAAAGCAGGGACAACCUUCUCUCAGUCCGUCCUCUUCAAGGGAAGCCAUCCUGGAGGACUCCAUCUGACAAAAAAACCGCAGGCAUUCACAAGCAAACCCAGGAGAGCCAUCCGCAGUCUGCCGACUAUGCAAUCUUCAAGAGCCGAGCCCCUUCCAAACCGGCGAGCAGUCCACGCAAGAGCACUUGGUAGGGCUGUGAGCAAUCUUAUUUUCAAAGGUGCUUCAAUUUACUUCCUUCACCCUUGGCCUCUCCUUUUCCUCCUUGAUUAAUGCCUAGGCCUCUUCCCCUUGCCCCACUGAGUCUGCAAUUGCUUUUCCUCCAUGGUUUUCUGUGCUCUCGCAGGACUGACUCCACACCACUUUGAGAAAAACGUGUCUUGUUUACAUUGAGGGUAGAGUUGGUGCUGGAGAAUAUUGAGAGAAGGACAGUGCCUGUGAGUCUUUGUUUCAUCCUUGAUUGGCUGCUGGGAGGGAAGGGGGGAAUAGGUCACACUGCAAGCCUUCCGGACUCCUCCUGUUCCACCCUUCGGAGACAUUUCUGCACCUGAGAGGAGACACUGUCCUUUGUAGAGGCAAUUCAUUCGGAGUGAACUCCGUCUUCUGCCUAUAUCUCACAGGGGCUGCCAAUCAUGCCAAAUUCCGUGUAGUAGCUUUGUGUUGUACCUUUGUGUGGUGUCGAUUUGCAGUCUCCUCAUUGCUAAGCUGAGUCAACCACAUUCAUUUCACUUAGGACUUUGAAGUAGGGACUCUCCCCUCCAUCUCUCUGUGUAAGUCCCUCUCCCAAAAAAGGGCAGCCAGUGUUUGUCCCUCACAUUCCUCAGGCCAAGAUACUUUCUUCCCGGUCUUUUUUUUUGUCUAGCAUUCUGGGUAUCUCCAUUAAUCACCAAGCAGAACCAUUGCCAAUGCAGACCAAGAGGGAGAUGGCAACCCUGGCUUCAUGUUGUACCGUCAGGCCUCAUCUGUAUUCCGGGUCUGGAUCUUUGAGCCACUGCAUGCGGUAUUUACCAUGGGUUGCAGUGCUGAGGUCUCUCCCUGCCUCUAAGUUGGAUGUAGCCUGCUGAUUUGACUGGUGCAUCUAAACCUAUGUAGCCUCCCACUGUGAAUGAGCAAUUUAACCCCACUGUUGGCUUGGCUUUCUAGCCCGGGUCCCACCUCUGAGGGAAUUGAACUGAAGCUAUGGAUUUCAGGAAACUCAGAAAGAGCUGUUGCCUGAGGGAAGUUGCCAAGGGAAACAAAACUUGCCCCCUUCUCCUGUCAAAACAUGAUCUCGUCCCUUCCUUCAAUGCUUUCCUAUUUGCUCCUGUUGCUAAAACUGGUUUACGAUUGAGUGGUUUCAUUUUCAAAUCCAAGGAUUGGUUGACCCUAAUGCAGUUCACAGAUGUGAAUUUGUGUCCCAGUAUUUAUCUUUUUUUUUUAAUGGUAUUUGUUAAGCACUUACUAUAUACCAGACACUGUACUAAGCA